GAAGGAUCCAACGUGUUCAAGGUAUAUUUGGGAGGAGGCGCGUAAGCGGCACGGGAUACCUCUUUGGAUUUAAAAUGUCUACGUGUGACGUGUAGUUUACAUUGACAGGCGGUGAAGGGCUUAUCGAAAAAAAGAAAGAGAAAGAUGGAGUAUUUUAAAAGCAGUCUGAAAUCUGUCUUGGGUACCGCUCCAGCCGGCACACAGCCAACGGGCGCCGAGACAAAUUCGGACGUUUCGAUACAGGUGGAGAGGCUAGUGGACAGAUUGCAGUCUUCUACUUUACUCGACGAUCGAAGGGAUGCCUGUCGCGCGCUCAAAGCGUUAUCUCGCACGUAUCGCGUGGAAGUGGGUGCUCAAGGGAUGGACGCGUUCCGACAGGUGCUGGAGAUGGACAAAACAGAUUGCGAGAUAAUCGGUUUGGCCUUGGACACUCUAUGCAACAUAACAAAUCCUGAGACGUUCGACGAAGAGGUGGAUAAACAUGGUCCCAAGAGCCAGAUAGGAGAACAGUUCACAGAGAUAUUUAUAAAACACCCAGACAGUGUUGGUUUGGUGCUAACAUUUCUUGAAGAGUUUGAUUUUCGUGUCAGGUGGCCGGCACUAAAGUUACUGACACAUUUGUUGGCAAACAGGUCUAAAGACAUUCAGGAAAUAAUUUUGGUCAGCCCAAUGGGCGUUUCUAAAUUGAUGGAUUUGUUGAGUGAUAGCAGAGAAGUUAUACGCAAUGAUGUGUUGCUGCUGCUCAUCCAACUAACAAAAGGCAAUGCCAAUAUACAAAAGAUAGUAGCAUUUGAAAAUGCGUUUGAUCGCAUAUUUGAUGUUAUUGAACAAGAGGGCAAUGCAGAUGGUGGUAUAGUUGUGGAAGAUUGCCUCCUAUUAAUGUUAAAUCUUCUCAGAGGAAAUGUUAGUAAUCAAAACUUCUUUAAGGAAGGUAGUUAUAUUCAGAAAUUGACACCAAUGUUUCAAAUCCCUAAUGAAAUGGAGGAUAACAAUCUUGGUGGUUGGAGUCCGCAGAAAGUGUCUAAUGUUCACUGUAUGGUGCAAGUUAUACGAGCGCUGGUAGCGCCGAGUGCUCCUGCUCAGGCAGUCGCAGCUUGUCAACGAACUAUGAGAGCAUGCGGACUAUUGCAAGCGUUGUGCGAUAUAUUAAUGGCUAGUGGAGUGCCAGCAGAUGUAUUAACAGAGACGAUUAACACUGUAGCGGAAGUGAUAAGAGGGAAUGCUAGUAAUCAAGAAUUUUUGGCGGGUGUUAUGGCACCGAGCACUCCUCCAAGGCCGGCUAUCGUUGUUUUAUUGAUGUCCAUGGUAAAUGAAAAACAACCGUUCGUAUUGCGAUGUUCGGUAUUGUAUUGUUUCCAAUGCUUCCUUUAUAAGAAUGAAGUGGGGCAAACACAGUUAAUCCAGACUUUAUUACCGCAAGGCAAUGAGGCACAGUCAUUAACUACAGGACAGUUGCUGUGUGGCGGACUCUUCUCUAUAGACUCUUUGUCAAAUUGGUUCUCUGCUGUGGCAUUGUCUCACGCCUUGAUCGAGAACAUAAGUCAAAAGGAACAACUAUUAAGAGUGCUUCUUGCAACUAAUAUUGGAAAACCACCAGUGACACUUAUGCAACAGUGCGUUAUGCUGUUGCAACAGGGUAAUAAAACGCAAUGUAAAUUGGGCCUGCUGAUUCUGCUUUGUCGAUGGACCUCGUAUUGUCCGCUUGCGGUAAAAUCAUUCUUGGCUAUCGACUCUUCGGUAGCAUAUUUAACAGCCCUUUUGUCAUCGCAAGAAAAUAACGAUGAUUUACAAGAGACAUUGCUACAGUGUAUGUGUGCAUUACUCAUCGGUAUUUGCGUACAUUUCAACGACGAUAGUGUACCUACUUAUACGAAGGAAAAAGUGUGCAAUUUAAUUGAAAAUAGAAUAGGUUUAGAAAAGUUUCAAGAUGCGAUCGGUGGUAUUGCUAGACACGAGAUAUAUUCUCGAACGUUAAAACACCCACAACCUUCUGCUAAAAAUCCAUCAGAGCUUUUAUUAGAUCAUGAGUUUUGCAGGUUGCUAAAAAGUUUGGAAGGUGUUAUCAUAAAAUCGGUGAUAGAUGCUAAUAACGAACAUCAAAAUAGAAAUCAAUUAUCUGUGAUGAAUUUGCCUGAUAGUACAUUGGUUUCACAGUACAAAGAUCUUAUUAGGGAGCAAGAUACACAAAUUCAAAGGCUAAAUCAAGCUAAUAAUCUUCUUACGAAAGAAAAACAAGAACUUGAGGGACAAGUACAAGAACUUCGGUCAACUGUCAGUCAUCUACGAGAUCAAAACUUGGUUCUUCGAGCUGCACAAGCUAAUAUAGGGGAUGGAAAGGAGACAAUUGUUUCUAGUAACAACAUAGAUUUAGAAAAGGAAUUGCAAACAUAUAAAACUAUGGUUGCAGAUUUAGAAAAUCGUUUGGCAGAAUAUACGCAACAGCAUGAUGAGAAGAACAAAGAAAACAAAGAAUCAGAAUUGGAGUAUCAAUUGAAAUCGAAGACAGAGGAGUUUGAAAAACUAAAGAAGGAUCAAGAAGAUCUUUUAGAACUUUUGACUGAUCAAGAUAGUAAAAUUACAAUGUAUAAAGAAAGAUUAAUUGAAUUAGGAGAUAAGGUUGAAUCUGAUGAAAGUUCAGGUGAACUUGACACAGAUGAUCAACCAGAAUCAAGUAACUAAGAUGUUUUAAUUUAAAAACGUUCCUUCAGAAAAAUGGAUAACAGUUUUUAUGUCAAUGAGUAAGUUUUCUUUUUUCAGAUUUUCUAAGAUUUCUCUUAUUUUUGUGUCAUAAAUAAUGUAAACAUAUAAAACAUUAUGCAAAUAUUUAUAUAUAUUGUGUACAUAAAAACAUGUACACAAUUGUAUAAAUGUUUAAUCGCGUUUUGUAGAAAUUAAAAUGUAUAAAUUCGAUAUACGAAAAAAUAUUUUAAGUAACCAAUUAUUCUGUGUAAUUUUACUUCUUUUAUAUUCAGGUGCUUAGUGGUUAUAAAAAAAUAAUAUAAUUAAUUGUAAAAAUAGAUUACAUUUAACCCGAAAAAAUUAUCAUCAAACAUUCCAAUUGUACGUAAUAUAAUUUGAUGUUUAGUACAGUCAAUAUGAACGAUACUUAUAGAGAGUUAGCCCAGAUAUAUUUAUACUGUAUUUAUUUUAAAUAACAUUCUACUAACUACGAAUGUACAAUUAAUGGGACUGACAGGGACAACAUUUGUAAAUUCCCAUUUUUAGUUUAAUAUACAGAGCUCUAUAAAUACAUCUUGAUGCA